AUGAAUCCAAGUUGGAUGACUUUAGUUUCUACUGAAACGGUCCUAGUUUUUAAAGACGAAGAUAAUUUUCCGACAUUUCAUGUUUCUUCGGAUGUUCCUUCACUAGAAGAGCCAGUUAUGGAUCAUACUUCUUGGAAGGAGUUGAAAAAUGCUACUUUGAGCGAGGAUUUUGACAACGUUGACAAUGAGGACAAUGAAGACAUUGAAGAAAAUGAGGUCAAUGAGGAGGAAGACGUUAUGUUAACUUCUAAUGGAGAAGUCAAUGCUCCCUCAACUGCAACUAGGUUUAAUUACGAUGAUAUCCUUUUACCUAUUAUUAAACAUAUGAAAAUAUAUGGCUGUAAGCCUUUGAAAGACGAAUCAGGUAUCGUAAAUUGUAAAGAAUGUUCAAAAAAAGUUUUACCAUACGGGUUCAUUGACCAUUCUGUAAACUGUGAAAAAAUAAAAGCCGAAGAAUUUGAAGCUCAAAAUGCAGAUGCAUCUACGGAUGUUUCGGCUAAUGAUGUAACGGUCGAGAAAUUUGUGAAAACUCCUAUCACAGAAACCUAUAAUUCGAGUCAUUCAAGCAAGAAACCUGAAGCAACUGAACAGUUACCUAAUGCGAAAAGACCUAAUUCUCCGUGUGGAGUAGUUGUUCCACCUAAUACACCUUGCGCACGUUCAUUGACUUGUAAGAGCCAUUCGAUGGCUUUGAAACGCAGUGUAUUGGGUAGAUCACAGUCAUAUGAUCUUUUACUUGCUGCAUAUCAGAAAAAAUCUAUAGGACGCCCUCAAAAUAAUGGCAUACAAAGUAAUAAACAGGACAGUGUAAAAAAAGAUGGGAAAUUGCUUGCCCCCGAGAAAGAGGAAGAGGAGAUGGUCGAUUCAGAAGAAGAAGUUGAUGCCGUCAUGUCAGCAAUAAUGUAUAGUAAUCCUCAGCCACUUGUCACACGACCAGAAUCUUUUGUUCCACAAAGAAGUAAUUACUUUAUUUAUAGUAACGAUAUCCUUCCAAAAGGAAUUGCUUGA